AUGCCUCCAUUCGGUCGAUCUUCAAACUCCCAUGCCGGACCAACGACCUUAUCGACAGGACCGGAACCUUACUAUAGCAAUGAAGAUAUCGAGCUACUGCACCAGAUUGUCUUGCGAGCGCAGAGCCUGCUGGCUGUCGAACCGCUCCCUACAAAUGCCCUAUUCUCAGCUUACUAUUCUAUCCUUGCGAAACUUCGCGUCAGUCCGGAUCAUGACAAUCGUUAUGCGCGCGUUCUGUUCCGAAUCGGUGGGCUCCGAGGCCCAAAAUCUCUCUAUGAGAGGUUCGAGGAUGUCCUGGCGCGUAUGGGCAUCGAAAUUGAGUUUGAUCGGACGGAAGAUGAGCGACUUGCAUUCUCUGUCGCACCAAAUGGUAUUUCACGCGAGGAAGCCGGCUCGAAUCGCAAUCGAUCACCGAACCUACUGCCAAAUACUCAUCAGAGACGAAACUCUGAGAGCACAGUCUGGGAACUUGAAGCUGGGAACAAGGUACAAAAGGAUGAUAAGCGGAGUAAUUCAAUUGCUUCUGUUCCAUAUAAAAAUUCAAGAUCCAAAGAAAUUAGGGAGAACUACCAAACAAGACAUAAACCCUCGCAGCCACUUGAACAUUCCCUCAUUUACUACACACAUGAGAGCAAACGCCACGAAUCUAAUGGAACCAGGCUAGCCCCCCUGCCUUCUAAACCUGUCGAAAAGCCUCUCUCAACCCAUGCAGGUCUGCAAUAUUUCAACGAUGCGGCAUCAUCUCAAAGAAAAAAGCAGGCUACCCACAAAGCACUUUCUACAUCAAAUAGAUUUCAUGCUCCAAGCAAUCAAAGUGCUCUGCAUCCCCCUCUGUCUGAAGAGGAUACCACAACCAGUGCUCUGGGUUUACGAAAACUUCCCGAUUCAGAAACUGUACUUAGAAUUAAAGCAUCACUAAUCUCAAAUAGGCGUCUUGCCAUAUUUGUUAAGACUCUGCUACAGGAAUGGAAGACUAGAGCGAAACAGCUCCAACGAGAUAAUGUUGGAUUAGAGCUCAUUGCCUCUUGUCACUACAGAAAAGCAGUUAUAUCUGCUGCUGUACAUAAUUGGCGUAUUGGAUCCCAAGAAAGAAGAGCUCUUCGUGAAACGGAAAAAUAUUUUGAAAAUCUAGAAAAUCGUACAACAAGAGCCAGAGAUAUAUUCCUCUGCCAUGUAGCCUUGACACACUGGUCCAAACGCGCAUCAGAACUUUCCCAGCAAACAGCCCAGGCGCGCCGACAAAUUCUUCUUGCUCGAACAUUCAAUUCCUGGCGCGAAUUAACUACCAUAGAUGACUCAAAAGUCCGCUGUUAUAUUAUUAAACGAUUAUUCUGUCAUUGGAAAAGACGAACAUUGUUCAUCCGGAAAGAAACAGAUAUGGCCUUACAGAGACACCAAAGCUACUGUGUUCAGAUAUCUUACCUCCGCUGGAUACAACAGCUACGGGAAAUUAGGGCAGAUCGAUGGCAGAUGGAUAGAGUGAAGCAAACUAUCAUGUCUCGUUGGAUCGCCACAUUCGACCAUUUAUGGCAGUCGCAAGUUAUCGCCGAGACGCACAGAAUGCACCACUUACGAAUGAAAUCAUGCAAAAUCUGGAGCACCGAGAUGUUUUCUAGAGUUGAGAGAGAAAGAGAAGCUGAAUCUUAUUUCAAUCAUAAAAUUCUCCUAAAUGUAUAUACAAAAUGGGCAAAGCAGUCUCGUAUUAUCCCGGCUCAGGAAGCAGUUGAGGCUAGGGUAGCCAAUCGACAAUUAAAAUUUGCUUUUGACCUAUGGCUUAUUCGUAGCCGUGGUGAAUGUAGAGCAGCAAAGUUAGAUCGUUUGAGAAUCAUAGAUGAAGCAUGGGUUUCAUGGCGCCUUCAAACCCGAACCCGAAUGAUACGUGAGCGUGUUGAUAUUCAUAUUGUGGGACAAGCGUUUUACAAGUGGAUUGUCGAAGCUCGAGCACGAUUAAGCACUAGAGUCCGGAACGAGAACUGUAUGCGGGACACCCUUCAGAUCCUAAAGCUCAAGUGGCAGGCAAUGCGAAAAAAUCGUUUGGAACAGGAAGAUUUAGCCCAGGAGAUCUUGGCACGUAAAACCCAAAAUUAUGUUUUACUGCGAUGGUACUCAAGUAUGGGUCGCUUACAGCAAUCUCAGGUUCUGGCUGCAAAUUACAAUCGGCCUCAGCUACUACAACAUUCCCUAUCUGCAUUAAAGCGUAGAUAUCAAUAUAUACAGCUACUGAAAAAGUGGUCACGAGAUGCCGAGUUCUACCUAUCGGUGUCCAAGUCCCUGGUUAAAUGGAAGGCAUCUACUGCACUAUCAAAGCGCGAGAAACGCAAAGCAGCAUAUGCUCAAGUACGCAGAUUGGCAAAAAUAACCCUCGUUCGAGUUAUAUUACGCAACUGGUGCAGAAAAGCACAGAAAGUUUGCAAAAUCCAGACGAUGGCUGAAAAUGUGGUUUACAAUCGUGCAAUAAUUGUUGGGAUGGGUAACUUUGAUCGCUGGCGUGGAUGUACUAGAGAAUUGGUUAAGUUACAGGAUCUAUGUAGGGAAAGAGUGCUUUCUAAAUACACAAGUGUCUGGUAUAAUCGAUGGAAAGCACUCAGAGCUCUUGAGGCUGAGGCCAAUAUCGUGUAUCAGGAGCAGCAAUUGAGCCGAAUCCUUAAAAAUUGGGCCCUCAACUCCCUGCAGAUACGAGCUCGCUCCACUUAUGCAUUCGAUAUACGUGAUAAAAACUUCAAGCGUAAUUUUAGGAGAAUUUUCGGAUACUGGCACCAGCAGACAAUACUUAGGGAGCCAGAGAAACGAGAGGCAUAUUCAGACGCAGAUUUUUUAGGCGAAACGAAUCAAGACGAGGCUUGGUCCGAGUACGGGGAAAAUCAUGAGAUGGAAAGAGAGAAGCGGAUAGGAAAUACUGAUUCUGCAGUUUUGUCGACACCGUUGCCAGGAUAUCUAAAUACACCAUCUAAAAAAUCCGAAAGAGCCAGAGCUUUUGCAGCUAGAUACUCCACGACGCCUCGGGCUCCCCUAUCCACACCCCUCGAGCGGGAAUUGCGAGAUUUAUGGCCGCGGGGCGUGAUUUCCAGCAGGCGUUCUAGAAUGUUAGGUCACAGCAAGCUUGGGAAUAGAGAUUUGUCGGAUAUUCCUGAAAGCUUCGCAAGUAAGAUAGCAAAGUCCCGGGGUCCAUAG